GUAAGCCACACACAAUGGAUCUACAAGUGACGCGGAUUAUGUUUUUCAUUUGGAUAGUCGUAAUCUUUUGGAAAGGAGGUGAAGUGAACUGCACGGGAUGCCACUACUUCAGCUCGAACAAGUUAGACUGGUUUGGAGCCCUCUUCUACUGCCAAAACAUGAAAAUGUGUUUGGCUGAUAUGAGCACGAGAAAAUCGUUCGAGGAGCUCGAAAGCAAAGUUCAGGACCGCUCAGAAUAUUGGUUCGGAUUAAAUGGAUAUGAGAAAUUAGAAUUUAAAUAUGUAUCCACCAAUUCACCCAAAAACUACAUACCACCUCAAUCUGAACUUGAAUUCUAUACCUCGUGCGGCUUCCUACAUCCCAUGGGCAGUGAUUCCUACACCAUUAAGACAGCAAAUUGUGGGCAUCAUAAAAGAUUUGUAUGCACCCCCUCUUACAUCUGCAAUGGGCUUAAAACAAACAGCACCUCAGUGAACCACUUUGCUAAGGAAUUGCCAUUGACCUGCCACAUCAGCGAUAAUGCACAUUGUAUACUUGAUGUUUGAAGCCGGCAACAGACUUUCGAUACAAUUUCUUCACUUCAGCAGCCUCAUCUAAAAACCACAAUCAUCUUUGUCACAAUUUUCAUUGUCGUCCAUUCCCGGCAACCAAAAU